UCUUGUGCUUAGCCUGACUCGAGUCUACGGUUACACGCAGGGCUCCACGGACCCACGCUCCAUUCAUCCCUGCGUCUUUAUUUACCGGUGAAAGCUACUCGGCUGGCUCCGUAGUGUCCAGGCAGAGAGAGGCAAUGUCAGGCUCAACCUCCCCGCCUCCCGCGGCGGAGGCUGUGGGGACCGAGAGCUGUUUCCCCCCCGGAUACAAACCCUUUAGACCCGAGGAGCACGGCCUGGAGCGCGGGUUCCGUCUCACGUCCUUCUCGGACCUGAAGGGAUGAGGCUGCAAGGUCCCGCAGGAGGCUCUGCUCAAACUCCUGGCGGGACUGGAGCCGGACCGGGGCGACGGGACGGGGAAGGCCGGAGACCAAGCUUCGGAGUUCGGCCAACAGUUGCCUGGGCCCCGACUCGGUGUGGGGAUGGACUGUUGUGUGAUUCCUCUCAGACAUGGAGGACUGUCGCUGGUCCAGACCACAGAUUUCUUUUACCCCCUGGUGGAGGAUCCGUACAUGAUGGGCAGGAUAGCCUGCGCUAACGUCCUCAGCGACCUCUACGCCAUGGGCAUCACCGAGUGCGACAACAUGCUGAUGCUGCUGAGCGUCAGCCAGAAGAUGAACGACAAGGACCGUGAGCGCGUGAUGCCGCUGAUGAUUCGAGGGUUUCGCGACGCGGCCGAGGAGGGAGGGACGUCUGUGACGGGCGGACAGACCGUGAUCAACCCCUGGAUCAUCGUCGGAGGCGUCGCGUCGGUCGUCUGUCAGCCCAACGAGUUCAUCAUGCCUGAUGGAGCCGUACCCGGCGACGUCCUGGUUCUAACGAAACCUCUGGGGACUCAGGUGGCUGUGAACGCCCACCAGUGGCUCGAUCAGCCUGAACGGUGGAACAAGAUCAAGCUGGUCGUCACCAAAGAGGAAGUCAAAGAGGCCUAUCAGGAAGCCAUGUUCUCCAUGGCAACGCUCAACCGCACAGCGGCCGGUCUGAUGCACAAGUUCCAGGCUCACGCCGCCACCGACGUGACGGGCUUCGGGUUGUUGGGCCACGCGAACAACCUGGCGGCGCAGCAGAGGAACGAGGUGGCGUUCGUCAUCCACAACCUCCCCAUCAUCGCCAAGAUGACGGCCGUCAGCAAAGCCUGCGGGAACAUCUUCAACCUGGUGCAGGGGACGUCGGCGGAGACGUCUGGCGGCCUCCUGGUGUGUCUGCCCAGAGAACAGGCGGCUAAGUUCUGCUCGGAGAUGAAGAGCCAGAGCUCGGCGGCCGGAGGUCAGGGGGCGGCCGGCGGCGCCUGGAUCAUCGGCAUCGUGGAGAAGGGCGACCGCCGCGCCCGCAUCAUCGACAAGCCUCGCAUCAUCGAGGUGCCGCCGCGGGGGAGUCUGGCCGCCAACCAGGACAACAGCUCCACCAGCCCCGACCCCACCCCCAAUUUAUCAUAGUCGCCCACUGUCUGUGUGUGUGUGUCUGUGUGUGUCUGUGUGUGUGUGUGCGUUUAAAAGUCUCAAAGCUGUCCAAUCAGAAACCCUCACUUUUUUUUUUAUUAUUAUUAUUAUUUGGGUCCAUCUCCCUUCCCGCUCCUAAUCCACGUGGCUUCAUAAUUUAUUUGAAAGCAAAAAAAAGAAAAGACUUUCAAUUUUUAAAAAAAAAAUGACUCUAAAACAUUUCGUGCUUGAUUCAAAGAUGGAAUCAGAGCGUCUGAUAUCGUUCGUGGUGAUUUAUUUCCUGUUUGUUUUUGUUCGUUCUAGGGCUCAGUGGGUGACUUUAAAUGUGUUUUAUGUUGAUGAAUGUAUCACGGUUCAUUGGUCCCGGCGCCUGGUCCUGCCCCCCCCCCCUCGGAGGAAGGCUUGAGCAGCUUCCUCCCGGUUCCAGGUGUGGGCAGCGUCCAGGACGUCCUCCUCCUCCUCCUCCUCCUCCUCCUCCUCCUCCUCCUCCUCCUCCUCCUCCUCCGGUGCCGAGUCCCUCCCCCCGCGUUCCUUGUUCAUGAAGCUCUGCCUGAUAAACUCCGGCGCUCGGGGCCGGGCAGAGCGGAUGUUUGCUCUGGAUCGGGGGUCGGACUCAGAGCGGCGGAGGCUCUGAAGAUGUCUGUAUGUUUUAGAGAUGCUUUUCACAAUCAAUAAAAUCAACAUCAACUCAGACCAA